ACAACUAUAAAUAAUUCCUUAAAAAAAACCAACAAUGAGCAAAAGCAACCAAGGGCGUUUCCCGCCACUAACCGUUACUUGAAAGAAUUAUCGUAAUUUUGAAAACUUUCUUUUACUAAACUCUUUUUGAUGAAUUUCUUUUACUAAACUCUGAUCUUGCUAAAAGUAAGCCUUAUUGUUCAAAUCCGUUUUUCUUUCUCUUUGAAAGUUAAAUGCCACCUCCCUCCAUAACAAAGCUAAAGAGAACCUCUGUUUCUCAACCUCGUCUUCUCAAUCCCACCUUCUCUUCAUCAUCUCCUCUCCAUACCCAGUUUCCUUAUCAUUCAUCAACACUCUCACAAAACCAUAAUCCCGAACCCCCUGGAACUCUCUCUCCUUCAAUAAUUCUUUCCCGGAAGCCCUCCAAUGGGUCACAUUCCUCCUACUAUGCCCAUCUCCUCGAAUCUUGUAUCAGCCGGAAAGCAAUUAAUCCUGGAAAACAGCUUCAUGCUCAUCUCUGCCAAAUGGGUCUUGGAUUUAAUUCCUAUUUGGCUACUAAAUUGGUUAACUUGUAUUCUGUCUGCCGUUCUUUACGUGAUGCCCACCUAUUGUUCGACAAAAUUCCUAAAGGUAACUUAUUUCUUUGGAAUGUUCUAAUUCGGGGUUAUGCGUGGAAUGGGCCAUAUGAGGUCGCUAUUUCGUUAUUUCAUCAAAUGCUUGGCUAUGGGCUGAUGCCCGACAGGUAUACAUUUCCAUUCGUGCUCAAGGCUUGUUCGGCGCUCUCGGCAAUUGAAGAAGGGAGGAAAAUUCAUGAACGGGUAAUACAAACUAGGUGUGAGACUGAUGUGUAUGUGGGUGCGGCUUUAAUUGAUAUGUAUGCUAAGUGUGGUUGUCCAGGAAGUGCUCGACAAGUGUUUGACAAGAUUGAAGUUAGAGAUGCUGUGUUAUGGAAUUCAAUGCUUGCAGCCUAUUCACAAAAUGGGCACCCAGAUGAAUCACUUACUCUGUGCGGUGAGAUGGCAUUGACAGAUUUAAGGCCUACUGAGGCAACUUUUGUGACUGUUAUAUCUGCUUCAGCAGACAUGGCAGCUCUUCCUCCAGGAAAGGAGCUUCAUGGGUUUAGUUUGAGACUAGGGUUUGAAUCCAAUGACAGGGUCAAAACGGCUUUGGUAGAUAUGUAUGCAAAGACUGGUUCGGUGAAGGUUGCUAGAACUUUGUUUGAACAACUUGGGGAGAAAAGGGUUGUCUCUUGGAAUGCAAUGAUUACUGGGUAUGCAAUGCAUGGUCAUGCAUCUGAAGCACUGAAUUUGUUUGAGGAGAUGAAGAGAGAAACUCUGCCUGAUCAUAUAACUUUUGUGGGUGUUCUAGGGGCUUGUAGCCAUGGAGGUUUGCUCAAUGAGGGGCAGACGUUUUUUGAAUUGAUGGUGAGAGAAUACCAUAUAGAUCCAACAGUUCAGCACUAUACAUGCAUGAUUGAUCUCCUUGGCCAUUGUGGCCGAUUUGGUGAAGCUUACAGUCUCAUAAUGCAAAUGAAAGUGAUGCCAGAUUCUGGAGUAUGGGGUGCCCUGUUGAAUUCAUGCAAAAUGCAUGGAGAAAUUGACCUAGGUGAAUUAGCACUGGAGAAACUAAUUGAGCUUGAACCUGAAGAUUCUGGGAAUUAUGUGAUUUUAUCAAACAUGUAUGCUAAAGCAGGCAAGUGGGAAGGAGUUGCAAGACUGAGAAAGUUAAUGAUAGACAAGGGAAUUAAGAAAAGCAUUGCUUGUAGCUGGAUUGAAGUGAAAAAUAAAAUCCAUGCAUUCCUUUCUGGAGAUACUUCACAUCCUAAUUCUGAUGCAAUAUAUGCAGAACUAAAGAGGUUAGGAGGACUAAUGACAGAAGCUGGAUAUGUACCAGGCACUGGGUCAGUCUUCCAUGAUGUGGAGGAAGAUGAGAAAGCUAAUAUGGUAUGCUGUCACAGUGAAAGACUAGCAAUUGCAUUUGGACUCAUUAGUACGCAGCCUGGGACCAGACUUUUAAUAACCAAGAACCUACGGGUUUGUGAAGACUGCCACAUUGCAAUAAAGUUCAUCUCAAAAAUUACAGAGAGGGAAGUCACUGUAAGAGAUGUCAAUCGUUACCAUCACUUCAAAGAUGGAAUAUGUUCUUGUGGUGAUUAUUGGUGAAGGAAAAGAAUAGAAGGUGGAAAUCAAGAUUCAUGUGCCAUAACAAGCAACUGAUAGUUUUUAUCAUGAGAAGAAUUGAGAAUCAUAGAAGAAGAUAAGCUACAAAAGUUGUUUGAAGGAAGCAUUUGUUGUCAGAAGAAUUUGUUGUGCUUACAAUGAUCUUGAAGGGAACAAUGAAAUGUAAGAGGAUACAGAUAUAAUAUAAUUGGUUUUUGUAGAAAGGAAAAGUUUCCUAUGUCCGUAUAUACAAUGUAGUGUUGUUUCCAUCAGCCUGAUAGAGAUACUCAGAGUGAAACCUAAUAUCGCAUGGCUGGUUCACAUCUUUAUUUAAUAUAGCCAAGAAAGAAUGAAAGAAGGGGUCUAGGAACAUUUUCCCAAAUUAGUUUUUCUCAUAUUUUGAACUUGAAGGAGGUAACUUGUGUUUUUCUCUUAGUAUUUGAUGUGGCAACAGUUAUUUGGAUAUGCUGCACAAAUAUCCACAUGGUGAUUUGGAUAAUUACUCGUAUUAACAAGAGCAGCUUAUCUGUAAACUGUGUUUCUUCUCUCCAAUACAUACCUCAUUCAUCAUGGGAAUCUAACAUUUGGGAAUGCUAACUUUGUCAAUUAGGAUUGUUUGUAAUCAUAAUUAAAUAAGCUUCUUUAGAAGAGCAACAUCUGACAGUCAUUAGGCCAAUCACAUACAAUACAGCCAGAGAUGUUGGACUUCAUUCUUUGUUCAAUACUAAUUUAUGCGUAAGAUGUACCU